CAUGUCAAACUCCAACAAGACCAAGAAGGACAAAGAAAUCCUCGCGGAGUACGAGAGCCAAGUGAAAGAUGUUCGGGCCCAGCUGGUGGAGCAGCAGCGCUGUCUGGAGCAGCAGACGGAGAUGCGAGUCCAGCUGCUUCAGGACCUGCAGGACUUCUUCAGGAAGAAGUCCGAGAUCGAAACGGAAUAUUCCCGAAACCUGGAGAAGCUGGCGGAGAGGUUCAUGGCCAAGACACGCAGUACCAAAGAUCACCAGCAGUACAAAAAAGAUCAGAACCUUCUCUCUCCGGUGAACUGCUGGUACUUGUUGUUGAACCAGGUGAGGAGGGAGAGUAAAGACCACGCGACCCUCAGCGACCUCUACCUGAACAAUGUCAUCUCACGCCUCACGCACAUCAGCGAGGACUCCGCCCGCCUCCUGAAGAGGAGCAAGGAGAUCAUCUUCCAGCUCCAGGAAGACCUCAUGAAGCUCCUCAACGAGCUCUACACCGUGAUGAAGACGUACCACAUGUACCACGUGGAGACCAUCAGCGCGGAGACCAAGCUGCGGGAGGCGGAGCGCCAGGAGGGCCGCGUGAAGGGCCUGUCGGGGACGGGCGGCGGCGUGGAGCCCGUGUUCGGCCUGCGGAUCGAAGAGCGCCACCAGAGGCGCAACGCCGCCCGCAAGAUGGAGAAGAUGAGGGAGAAGAGGAAGGCCAAGUACUCUGAGAACAAGCUGAAGACUCUCAAAGCCAGGAACGAGUACCUGCUGACGCUGGAGGCCACCAACGCCUCCGUGUUCAAGUACUACAUCCACGACCUGCCCGACAUCAUAGACGUGAGUCUGAGGAACGCAGAGUUCACUACGACCCCCAUGGGCAGUGUGACCCAGAUCGCCUCCCAGCCGCAGCUGCAGGCCGAGCUCACCCUCCGCCUCACGCAGCUGCAGACCCGCCUGGCGUCUCUGAAGAUCGAGAACGAAGAGGUGAAGAAGACCUGGGGAGCGACGCUGACCACCCUGCAGGACAUGACGGUGCUGGAGGACUUCGACGUGUCCCACAGCUUCACCCACAGCCCGUCCUCCGAGUCCGUGAAGUCCAGCGUUUCCGACGGGUACCUGAACAAGCCGAGUCUGGCCAAGAAACGGGCCAAUCAGCAGGAGACGGAGCUCUUCUACUUCACUAAAUUCCGCGAGUACCUGGAGGGAAGUAAUCUCAUCUCCAAGCUGCAGGCCAAACACGACAUCCUGAAGAAAGCUUUAGCGGAAGGAUAUAAAGCUGAGCUGCUGACGACCAGUCGUGGGCGGAAGAACUCCCACAGCAAGCACCAGGAUUCAACCAAAGCCAUACCGCUACUGGUGGAGAGCUGCAUCCGCUACAUCAACCUGCACGGCCUCCAGCAUCAGGGCAUAUUCCGGGUGUCGGGCUCUCAGGUGGAGGUCAACGACAUCAAGAACUCCUUCGAGAGAGGUAACGACCCGCUGAUUGACGAGGAGAGCAACCACGACAUCAACUCGGUGGCUGGAGUGCUGAAGCUUUACUUCAGGGGCCUGGAGAACCCGCUGUUCCCCAAGGAGAGGUUCAAUGACCUCAUCUCCUGCGUCCGGAUGGAGAACAUGUACGAGAGGGCGCAGUGCAUCCGUAAGAUCCUGCUGGGCGUCCCGAGGGCGACGCUGGUGGUGAUGCGCUACCUGUUCGCCUUCCUCAACCACCUCUCCCAGUACAGCGAUGAGAACAUGAUGGAUGCUGGGAACCUGGCCAUCGUGUUCGGCCCCACCCUGCUGCCCACGCCCGACACCCUGGACCAGGUGGCCUGCCAGGCGCACGUCAACGAGGUCGUGAAGACGGUGAUCCUGAACCACGACAACAUCUUCCCCGACACCAAGGAGCUGCCCGGCCCGGUCUACGAGAAGUGCAUGACCGGAGACCAGUACUGCGAGAGUCCGUUCAGUGAGCCGGGGGCGCUGGAGGAGGCCGAGCCCGACGGCGGCACCGAGACCCAGACCAGCGACGAGGAGGGCGAGGGCGUGGAGGCGGUGGCGAGGUUCGACUACGCGGGCCGGUCGGGCCGCGAGCUCUCCUUCAAGAAGGGGGCGUCGCUGCAGCUCUUCCAGCGGGCGUCACAUGACUGGUGGGAGGGGCGUCACAACGGGAACCGAGGCCUGGUGCCCCACCAGUACAUCCUGGUGAAGGAGAGGGCCGACGCCGGGUCCGACGCGCUCAGCCAGAAGGCCGACAGCGACGGCGGCGACGACAAGCGGUCCCGGAGCGAGCUGAGCUCCCCCACCGACAUCCGGCCGCCGGAGGCCUACAACAGGUCUGUGAUCCACCGGAGGAAGCGGACCGACGGUUUGUUCCGCCGCCCGCUCGGCCGCUCCAACGACAGCCAUUGCCACGGCAACGGGGGGGUGAUGGAGCGCAGCUCGCCGCCGGUGACGGGUCACUUCAGCCCCCGGGAGCUGCUGCUGGGGCGGAGCCAGGGCAUGACUCCGCCCCUCGACAGCCCCGAGCGCCGCCGCCGCUCCGCCGCCGUCACCAUGACGGUGAGCCGACACGAUUCGCUGCGGAGGCCGGAGGACACGCCCCUCCGGCGCUCGAGCAGCGGGCAGCACGGCUUCAGUGACCCCCACCGGGCCAGAGGCCUGGACCCCGACAUGCUGGCUCAGGACCUGGAGGAGUCGGUGACGGUGGCUCUGGGCGAGCUGAGGCAGCUGAGCUGCCGCCCCGCCCCCGACGUGGUUCUGGACACUCUGGACCAGGUGAAGAGCUUCAACACCUGCUCCUCCGAGUCCCCGAGCCCCCACAGCACCCCCAGCACCCCGGGGACCCCCGGCACCCCGAGCCCCCUCAGCCCUCUGAGCCCCAUGAGCCCGCUGCCCGGACCCCCGCCCCCGGCCAACCCGUCCCCCGACACCCUGGGCUCCUUCAAGCCGGUGGCGGCCCCGCGCUCGGGGGCCCCGCUGCGCCCCCCCGCCCUGAAGCCCAAACCCGCCGUCCCGCCCAAGAGCAGCACCCCGCCGCCGCCCCCCCCGCCCGACAAGUCCUGCACCAUGUGA